CCGCGACUGCACGAGAACCCGUAUUGUACACUAAUCUACCAAAUUAAGCCAUCCACACUGAUAAGAUGUCAGAAGAAGAAAUCGCGCGGUUUAAAUAGCAUCGGCAAAUCAAACGAACGCAUCAGUAUCGAGUUGUCCCUCUUUCGUUUCUAACAAAUCCACCAUAACCUCCAGAAUGUCGCUGAAAUCCGAUGAAGUUUUUGCCAAGAUCGCCAAACGAUUGGAGAGCAUUGACCCGAAUAACCGAACGAUCGAACAUGUGUACAAGUUCAAAAUUACCAAGAGCGGCAAAGUCGUGAAGAGCUGGAUUUUGGAUCUGAAAAAUGUCAAGCUGUAUGAGUCGGAAGAUGCGGCCGAGGCUACCCUGACUAUGGAAGACGAUAUCAUGUUCUCCAUUGGAACCGGUGCUCUGCCAGCCAAGGAAGCCAUGGCCCAGGACAAGAUGGAAGUCGAGGGACAAGUUGAGCUGAUCUUUUUGCUGGAACCUUUCAUCGCCUCGCUGAAGUAAGCAUUGGAUUUGCACGCCCCGGAAGUCAUGUCAUCACCGUGUUUAAAUUUUAUUUGUAAAGCAUAUCUUUCGUCGUCCUCUCGUCAUUAAACGUUUUUAUUGACUAA